GAGCCAGAUCGGACAUUUUUACUGGAUGGGCAACCCUCGGUUGUUGGUGUUGCCUCUCUUUCUGGAGUUUGUUGUUGGUGCAAUUUUAAUCAAUAAAUCCUAACAGAAUGGGCAAGCACAGGACUGCACAACAAGAUGCCAUUUUCGUGGCAUUCAUGGAAAGGCAUCCCAUAAUAGCCAAAAACUACUACAAGGGUGACAAAUUGGCCAGUGAGGCCGCUUGGAGAAGAUUGAGCAAGGAACUGAACAGCGUUGGACCGCCAGUUAAAGAAGCCAGUGAAUGGAAGCGAGUAUGGAAGGACUGGAAGAAUUGUAUUCGCAAGAAGAUAGCGAACAACAGGCUGGAACCAAAUGCCACUGGCAAGAGCUCCUUAUACCAAGACACGCUGACGCCUUUGGAGGAUGCAGUGGCCACAAUCACCGAUCUAUAUGAAAUGGCAGACGUCAUGGUGGAGUCACAACCCAAGGCUAAACGUCGCAGCGAUGCAAACAACCCAAAUAUGCGCUUGCAUGACAUCAAAACUGAUCAGGACGAGGAGGCAUCCGAAAAUGAUGAAGAUGCUGAAGCUGAUCAGGAGGAGGAAGAGGAGGACGACGAGUCUGUCGAAUCUAUCAGCGUUCGAGAUGUCGGAGUAAAAGUGGAGCAAGAGUUGCAUCAACAUUCCACAGCCAAGAAACGAAGGUUACAACACGAUAAUCUCAAUGGGUCAUUUCUGGGCGAGAGCACAGUACUCAUGGACAUAGCCAAGGAGCUACGCGACCUGAACAGACAGACUAGAUUAAAUGCCCAGCGCACAGAAGCCAAUACAGAAGCAUUACUAGCUAUGGGUACUCAGAUUUCCGAUCUGAUGCAGCAGCAGCUGAAGGAGCGUAAACGACUCAAUGCAAUAAUGGAGAAAUUUGUGCUCAAGAUGGAAACUACCGAUUAAUGUAAAAUGAUUUUAACUUUAACAAAUAAUAUAAGAAAUAUUCAUAAUGUAAGGAACUAAGCUCAAAGAAUCAUUCUUUGUGAAAGUUCAAUUUUGAUGUAUAUGAAAACUUUGUGCAAUCCAUUAAAGUCAUCAGCAAAUUUAA